CAACGAUUCGCGCCAAUAGUUUGUACAUAUUACAACAAAGCUACAAUCUUCCGCUAAUUAGUGACGCCCAACUUAGUGUUUACAGUUUCAACUUACACUCGAAGCAAUUGGAGAUUAGUACAGACAGACCGAUAUUAGGGGAGACACACUGUACACCCCGGAGACACUACCACUCGUGAGUUUUGUUGCAAAUAUCCAGACAGCGGAAAAGAAGCAAAAAAUUCAGCCGGCCGACUCAUCUAUAUCCUCGACUGUAAGGCACCGUGGAACAUCCCACCGACCACCCCGUCUUCAGAUAAUGUGUUUAAGUUAGCGUUAACAUUAUAAGGUGUUAGAAUGGAUACCCGCCGCCACCUCCUCCCCCUGGUUUGCUGCCUAUUCACGGCAAAUUUGGUUUCAUCAACAGCGGGUCCCGUGUUCGUCAAUCCCGAAGUAUCUUCCACGGUUUCGCCCUCCUCAGUUAAUCAGGGAAAUUACGUCACUCAAACAGUCUAUGGCUUCCUCGACUUUACCACUACAAUUGGAAACACUGUCAUGGUUUUCUCGCCGCAAAGUGCCGCAGUUUCAGAGCCUCCGAAGGAAGUAAAAGAGGUGUCGUCGAACACGGUGAUCGAUACGAAGCCGUCGACUCCCGCCGUUAAGAAAGAAACGAUUAUAAUAAAACCGAGCAAGACGCAAGUAAAUCCCGAAAAGAAAGCACCGGAGUCCCUGAAGAUUUCUUCAGUUGUUCAAGUACAGUCGAGUCCGCCUUUAAUCCUAUCGAGUAAGGUUGAAGUUAAGGCCGCCCCUUCGACCCAAGUUAACGUGAUUGAAGCGAAAGCGAGUGUGGUGUCGAAGGCCAUUUCGAGCAAAGUGGAGGUAGUGAAGGUGUCUCCCAGUAAACCGAUUUCGAGUCAAAAUAUCAUCACCAAAGUGGAAAUCGUGAGCGCUCCCCCGGUAAUCUCCAGCAAAGUAGAAGUGGUCACCAGCUCGAAGGAACCGGCAGUUACACAUAGCGUCGUCUCUGUCAAGAGCGAAGAAGAGCCGGCCGUCAUCAUCGGCAACAACAUCGGCGAACCCGAGUAUGAUUUUCUCUCCAGACAGCCGUCGGAAGUUGUGGAGGAAACCUACAAAGUAAUAAACUUAAAACCGAGUUCCAAGUUCCAUUUAAAGCCGCGUCCUUCAGCUGAGCCAAAAAACAAAGCGACGAAGAGAGACUCAUUACACCCGACGGGAUUAGUCACUAAACUGGGAGGAACUGUCAUAAAAGACGGAACGACAACCGUCCACGAAACAAGCGUUAUCGGAACCUACAUCUCCGGAAAGUACGCGCAGGUGCUCCAGAGCACUUCGCACAUCCACAACAACCACCAGAAGGCCAAGAUAAACCCAUCGCCGACGCUCAGGAUCCUCAAGACGGCGGCGCCCUCUCUAGGCAAAGGAAAUAAGCACCAUCGCCAUUUGGAGCCGACUCCCGCAGGCUCCAUAAACGAGGAGACGGCUCUUCCGGCGGAAUCGCCGUUUAAUUCGCAAAACUCCAUUAAAUCCACGAGGAAGCCGACGGGACCUGGAUCCUCCUUUAAACCGAGAUUUAAAAACAGGCAGAAGGAGGCGGAAGCUGAUGAUGAAAACAACGAACAAGAUGUCUCGGCGCAUUCCAAGAACAAGAAAUCACAGCGAUCCAGGGCACAGACGCAAUCCGGGAGGAAUUCCAAACACAACACCUCACACAGACCCCAAAAAUACGGUCGGAGUAGCAGAAAAACAACUACAACAACUCGCCCUGUAUCUGUACACAGUGAAGAAGUAACGACGGCCCCGUUGGGCUCCGGCAAGCGCUAUCAGUCACGAAGAAAUAAACAGCAUCGACCGAGCGUUACCAGCUCGGAAGCCCCCAGCAAUAACGGAGGCUACAGCCGGCGGGGCUACAAGCCCAAAGUUCAGGCGUCGACGGUGGACCAGAGCUCGGGCUCGACCAGUUUGUAUAAGUUUAAAUUAAAUCGGUCUCCAGGCAGAUGGCAGUACAAGACAACACCUAAGCCCAGAGUCACUAUCAGGAAGCAAAACGACGACGAGGAAAGCGGUAACGAGACGCUCGGAACGACGCCGACGACGCUGCAAGACGUGUCUCCGGCGCUCAACGACGUCGUUACGCCCCAAGCCAGGGCCGACGACGUCGACGGGCUGGAGGGCUCCGAAUCAAUUGCUUCAAUUAUUGACGAUCAAAGCUCCACGGAAAAUAAACUCGACACUCCCUUCCCCCUCGAAACGCUUAAGGUGGAAAUUUCCACGCCGCCCGAUUUUAAGGACAUCUACUACGAAAUUGCCACCAUCAAGUCGCCCUACACGUUCCAGGCCGGCAACGUGAAAAACACAAGAUAUAUAACUGUCACGUCCACAUUCGAAAAAAGCCUGGUGAAUACGCCCGAAGCGACGAUAUCGCCCUCGGGCUCGGAGCCGUUAACAGAAAAUAUUUUAGCCACUUCAAGCAAUUACGGCAAGGACAAUAAUUUCUUGGAUUCGAGCGUUGCCACGUUGCCGCCGAUUUAUCUCGCAUCGGACAUGCAGACCCCGCCCUUGGAAACACUCACGGAGACGUUCAGCACGACCCAGACCAUGUUCAAGACCCACGUCCUGCCCAUCGUUCACACCGGAAACGAAACCGCCACCACCACUCUGGUGCAGACGUACUUAGUGACGAGGAUGGUCACCGCCACGAAGACGCUGCCCCCGAUGGACGCCUACCACUUCAUCCCCAGCAAGACGCUCAAGGAGUUCAACAGUUACUUGGACGAGGCGGGGUCGGAGCUGCACCUGGAGCUCGAAUUCGGGGACCAGAACGACGAUGACGACGGUCAUGCUAAAAGGGCGUUCCAUGAUUUGGAUCUAGCGAAAAUCGGGUCCGAUUUUGAUCUAUCCGACGUGGAUAAGGCGCGGAUCCCUGAAGGACUUUUACGGCCGAAGAAGGCGCCUAAACCGAUUCUCAGUGAACAGUUCCCUGCACAGAAUCUUAAUCCUGAUCAGCUGCAGCAGUUGGCGCUUUUGCGACUGUUGAAUCCGGGGGCGGCUCAAGGUCAGGUCAUCACCACUUCGAAGCCCGUCCUCAAGCUCGAGACCGUGUACGAGUCCCUCGUCAUCCCGGUGACCACCGCCGGCAACACCAUCCUCAGCACCAUUUCCAAGGUCCUGGGGACCGUGACUAAGACGGAUUACGAGUUCGGCACUAGCACGAUCGCCCCGGCGCCGCUGCCGCUGCCCCCAGUUCCGGUUAACCCUCUGUUUCCGCAACCCCAGUUCGCUGUCACUUCGUCUCCCAUCAUCCAGAGCACUCUUGUUACGCAAACUGAUAGCAAGAUUCUUAAGCUGACUUUCGGGGCUAAAACGGCUUACACGACCAUUUUCUCGACCAAAGUGGUGCCAACUUUACUGACGACGUAUAUGACGGCGUCGGUGCCCGUGCAGCCCACGGCGGCGACCUUCCCGGGAUUCUUCCCGGCGCCCUAUCCCGGCUAUCCCUUCGUCGGUUGACGUCACAACGCUAAAUAGACUUUUACUGAAAUUGAGUGAGCGCUGACGAACGGUCGGUGCUAAAACGGAUACAGUGUUGUGUCGUGCUAAUGGACAACGUUUGUAAAUUUUCAUCUUGUAAAUAAUGCAUUAAUCAUCGAGUAGUUAUGUAAAGUGUAGUUUGAUUUGAUUUUCGAAGUUGAGGCGCUGUCAACUGAAUCCAUCGAAUGUAUUUAUAAUGCUCACGUUCAUUGCACUCUCGAUUGUGGAAAAUGUCUACUGUAAAUAUGAUAGGUGUAAGUGUAAGUUUUAUAUAUUUUUGACAAUGUAAGAGUGGUCAAUAAACACACAAACAAUCCUAAAGUUA